ACUUAUUCUGUUCUAUGCUUUGAACUUUGAAACCUGAAUAUUGUUAAUUUACCUCUCUCCUAAGUCAAAGUCUCAAAGGCAAAGAAUGAGAUAGAAAAUUCCUCUACACUUUUUGGAACGACAUGUGUGGAUAGAGAAAAAGGAAGGAAAAACAAAAACACUUUCCAAAUUGAACUCUUCUUUGCUUCAUUUCACAUCUUCUUAAAAAUGGAAUGAUAUAAAUAAAACCCUUCCUAUGUUUUUGCUGAUUUCUUUGUUUUUUCAGGAAAGUUAGUUUCUUUUGCUGAAAAAAGGGUUUUCUCAAAUUUCAUGGUUCCACUCUCUUUAGAAGUCUUUCUCAGAUUUAGUCAUCUGUGUUUGAAUUAAGAUGGUUUUGGAAGCAUUUCUUGAUCGAAGGUUUGGGAAAUUUCGGCGAAGAUAAACCCUUUUGUCAGCAUUUGUUAGUGUUAUUGAUUCAUGGGAAGAAAAGGGUUAUUAUUUCUUUUACUGAACUACAUUGUAAUAUGAUGGUUGUAGAUUUGUUAACUUCUGGUCCUACUACAACCGCGAUUUCUCAAAUCAUAGAUACCAUUGGUGAGUUUAUAUGCUAUGCUAGUGAUGUACUUGUGCAAAAGAAUAGUUUCCAAGAACUUGCAUCUUACUUGGAAAGAAUUACGCCGAUUUUAAAAGAAUUGAGAAAAGAAAAAGUGAGUGAUUCCGAGACAUUCAACCGUGCGAUUGAUAUUAUAAAUCAUGAAACGAAAGAUGCAAAGUUAUUGGCUCUAGAAUGCAGCAAGAAGAGCAAGGUUUAUCUACUAAUGAAAUGUCAGUCGAUUGUUAAGCGGUUAGAGAAUCACGUGAAGGAACUAAGCAAGGCGCUUGAACUUCUUCCCUUAGCUGCAUCAGGUCUUUCUGUUGGAAUAUUGGAAGAAAUUGAAAAGCUUUGUGACAAUAUGGAGGCCAAUGGAUUUAAGGCGGCUGUAAUAGAAGAAGAGAUUUUAGAGAAAAUCGAGUCGGGGAUAAGGGAAAACAAUUGCAACCGUUCCUAUGCUAAUAAUUUGAUCAUCCUCAUUGCUGAGACUCUUGGAAUAACAAAAGAGAAUUCAACAAUGAAGAAGGAACUUGAAGAGUUUAAGAAAGACAUUGAAAACUCUCGCGUUAACAAGGAACUGGCUGAAGUUAUGCAUAUGGAUCAGAUCAUUGCUUUGUUGGAAAGAGCCGAUGCAACCUCGUCGCCUAACGAAAGGAAAAUCAAAUACUUUGCAAAACGAAAGUCUUUAGGUAGUCGAAUCUUGGAGCCUUUACAGUCAUUUUAUUGUCCGAUCACGCAUGAUGUUAUGGUGGAACCUGUUGAAACUUCAUCGGAUCAAACAUUUGAGAGAAGUGCAAUAGAGAAGUGGUUUGCAGAAGGAAACAAGUUGUGUCCUAUGACAUUGAUUCCUUUAGAUACAUCGGUUUUGAGACCGAACAAAACUUUGAAACAGUCCAUAGAAGAAUGGAAGGAUAGAAAUACAAUGAUUACUAUUGCUACUUUAAAAGAAAAAAUUCAGUUUGGUGAUGAUGAUAAUGAAGUGAUGCAUUGUCUAAAAACUCUUCAGGAUUUGUGUGAGCAAAAAGAGCAACACAAGGAAUGGGUGAUUCUUGAGGACUAUAUGCAAGUUCUUAUCCAAAUUCUUGGUUCGAAAAACCGUGACGUAAGGAUUCGUGCUCUUAGCACCCUCUGCAUUCUGGCAAAUGAUAACGAAGAAGCUAAGGAAAGGAUUGUAAUUGUUGAUAAUGCAAUUGACUCGAUUGUCCAUUCUCUUGGACGACGUCAGGAGGAAAGGAAAUUAGCAGUAGCAUUACUGCUUGAGUUAUCCAAAUAUGAUUUGGCACGAGAACAUAUUGGAAAAGUUCAAGGUUGCAUACUGCUUUUGGUGACUAUGUCUAAUGGAGAUGAUAAUCAAGCUGCUAGAGAUGCGACCGAGCUAUUGGAUAAUCUUUCAUACUCUGAUCAGAAUGUAAUACAGAUGGCAAAGGCAAAUUAUUUCAGGCAUUUACUGCAGCGUCUCUCCGCAGGACAAGAUGAUGUGAAGAUGAUUAUGGCAAAAACUUUAUCAGAAAUGGAGUUAACUGACCACAAUAAAGAGUCCUUAUUUGAUGGUGGUGUACUAGCUCCUCUACUUCACUUGUUCUUACACAAUGAUCUUCAGGUGAAAACAGUGGCCACUAAAGCUCUUAGGAAUCUAUCCACUUUAAAGAGAAAUGGACUAGAAAUGAUUCGACAAGGGGCCGUGCGACCGUUUCUUGACCUCCUUUUCCAACAUAACAUACAAAGAUCAAGUUUAUGGGAAGAUGUAGCCGCCAUAAUUAUGCAACUUGCUUCAUCAACUAUCUCUCAAGAUGCCGGAACACCGAUUUUGUUACUAGAAUCUGAUGAUGAUGUUUUUGGCCUUUUCCCUCUAGUCAGUGUGACACAACCUGGUGUGCAGCAAAACAUUAUCCAGACCUUUUGUAUCUUGUGUCAGUCAUCAUCUUCUUCAUAUAUCAAGACCAAGCUAAAUGAGUGCUCAGCUAUACCAGAACUGGUUAGGUUCUUUGAGAAUGAGAAUCUAAACCUACGAGCAAGCGCUGUAAAAUUGUUUUCUUGCUUGGUUGAGAGUUGCGACAAAUCCAUUGUACUGGAGAAUGUUGAUCAGAAAUGCAUCAAUACUUUACUUCAGAUCCUAGAAUUUUCAUCUGAUGAAGAGGAAAUAGUUUCUGCUAUGGAAAUAAUAUGCCAUCUUCCAGAAAUUGAGCAGAUAACUCAGUGGAUUAUCGAUGCUAAUGUACUUCCAAUCAUUUAUAAAUAUGUCCAAGACGGUAGAGACAGAGAUAAUCAAAGGAGCAACUUAGUCGAGAAAGCUGUCGGUGCUUUACAUCGUUUCACAGUUCCAACAAACUUGGAAUGGCAAAAAGUUGCAGCCAAAACUGGGAUAAUCACUGUUUUAGUUCAGUUGCUUGAAAGCGGAACAACGUUGACAAAACAACGUGCGGCGCUGUGUCUUGCCGAGUUUUCUAAAAGCUCGGCUAGGCUCAGCAGACCGAUUCUGAAACGCAAAGGACUAUGUUGCUUCUCGGGUCCAAAAGAAAUUCGCUGCAGAGUUCAUGGAGGAAUAUGCACAGUCAUGUCAUCAUUUUGCCUUUUGGAAGCUGAAGCAAUUGGACCACUCACAAGGGCUCUUGGUGAAUCUGAUUCUGGAGUUUGUGAAGCUUCUUUGGAUGCUUUAUUAACAUUAAUUGAAGGUGAAAAACUAGAAAGUGGUAGUAAAGUGCUUGCAAAAGCUAAUGCAAUACCAUUAAUAAUAAAAUUUCUUAGUUCUUCCUCACUUGGGCUGCAAGAAAAGUCUCUACAAGCUUUGGAAAGGAUUUUUCAGCUCACAGAGUUCAAACAGAUGUUUGGAGCUUCCGCUCAAAUGCCUCUAGUUGACUUAACUCAGCGGAAUAGCGGUAGACUUCGAUCCAUGUCGGCUAGAGUAUUGGCACAUUUGAAUGUGCUUCAUGAUCAGUCUUCAUACUUUUAAGGGGAAAAAAUGUUGGUUCAAGUUCAUUUUUAUUAUGCAGCUAAGCUAACCAUGUUGAAUAACCUUCUUUUGGUGUUUUUGAGUCUGCAUGAAAAUACAUCAGUUAUUGCAAAUUGAAUGCUUUGGUGGAACAGCUUGAUUUGGUUUAACACAUGAUAUGAGAGCUUGACAUGAUGUUCCUCAAUCUUCUGAUCAAAAUGUUUUGAAACAAUGCAUUUGGCUAGCUCUCAUGGAGAAUCACUUUUGCUCUUGUUUGGGCUGUUCGUAUGUAUAUAUAAAGGAAAACCCCCAUUGGAUUUAAUUUUUUUGGGGCCUAUAUUAAAAGCCUCAAAUUGCUUGUACAUUUGAAGACUGAUUGUAUUGUGUUGCUAUUUUAAAAAAAAAAAAAAUGUAUUUGUGUUGCUCAAUAAAAAAAAAAGCCCUUUCUUGACAAUUGUAUUAUUUCCUAUUUGAAUUUGGAACUCAUUGUGAUUCUUAUUACA